CAUUUUGAGACACAGAAGCUCGCGUGAAGAUUGUAUUUGGUAGAUAAACACCUUUUGUAAAACGUUGUAAGCCCGAUCAGCUGUGCGUCACGACGUCGCGAGGUUUGACGCUAACGCGGCUUAAUGUUAUCACUAACAUAUACGAGCUACGGUUUUCGCUUAUUGUUGUACUGCAUCGUUUAAACUAUUAUUAUCGCUCAAUCACCGUUUAUUGUUUUUCGAUCGUAUGUUGCUGACGCCGUCUGUCCUGCAGUAUAACCUCAUCCACUGCUAAUUAAAUAAUCAUGAAAAAAACAACGAAAAAUAAGAAUCCUUUAUAGUCAGAGUCAGUAAGAGGAGAUCAGACUAAUCAGACGCACCAGUGCAGCUCCGUGAGGACAGAAUGAGUCAAGUACAAAAAACCAAAGAUGGAGAUUUUUCUCCGGGAUGCAGUUCAGUGCAGCAGGAGAGAUCAGAUUCACCAGAGCCCAGCUGUGUGUCCAUGAAGAGUGACUGCUCUAUGGAUGAUGACACACGGCCGAAUCUCAGUUCAGUGCAGCAGGAGAGAUCAGAUUCACCAGAGCCCAGCUGUGUGUCCAUGAAGAGUGACUGCUCUAUGGAUCCUCCUCCCAAAUUAAAGGGUGGAGACACACGGCCGAAUCUCAGUUCAGUGCAGCAGGAGAGAUCAGAUUCACCAGAGCCCAGCUGUGUGUCCAUGAAGAGUGACUGCUCUAUGGAUCCUCCUCCCAAAUUAAAGGGUGGAGACACACGGCCGAAUCUCAGUUCAGUGCAGCAGGAGAGAUCAGAUUCACCAGAGCCCAGCUGUGUGUCCAUGAAGAGUGACUGCUCUAUGGAUCCUCCUCCCAAAUUAAAGGGUGGAGAGACACGGCCGAAUCUCAGUUCAGUGCAGCAGGAGAGAUCAGAUUCACCAGAGCCCAGCUGUGUGUCCAUGAAGAGUGACUGCUCUAUGGAUCCUCCUCCCAAAUUAAAGGGUGGAGAGACACGGCCGAAUCUCAGUUCAGUGCAGCAGGAGAGAUCAGAUUCACCAGAGCCCAGCUGUGUGUCCAUGAAGAGUGACUGCUCUAUGGAUGAUGACACACGGCCGAAUCUCAGGCGAAUCCUGCGAUCCAGACCAGAUGAAAUAGAACCCAUCUGUAAAAAAAUGAAAUAUGAUGAGUUUAUGAAUCAACCACCAGACUUUAAUGAAAGCAUGGGUCCUGGUGACAGUCAUGAAGUCCUCAAAACAUUUAGAUCAAAUCUGAUGAAGAGGUUUCAGUGUCUUUAUGAAGGAACAGCAAAGCAGGGAAACCCAACACUCCUGAAUGAGAUCUACACCGAAUUUGAUGGUCUGGACGAGUGUCGUCUGUCUCUGGAUUUUCAGAGCAAUGUGAGGUUGUUUGAUGUAAGUGAAUCAGCCUCAGUGAACGUGCUGCUGAUGAACCUCAUUGUGGGAAAUCUGCUUCCCUCUGCUCUCAUCUGGAUCACCUCCAGACCAGCAGCAGCUGAUCUCGUCCCCUCUGAGUGUGUCCAUCGAGUGACAGAGGUACGAGGCUUCAAUGAGCCACAGAAGGAGGAAUACUUCAAGAAGAGAGUCAGUGAUCAGAGUCUGGCCAAUACAAUCAUCUCACACCUGAAGUCAUCAAGGAGCCUCUUCAUCAUGUGCCACAUCCCAGUGUUCUGCUGGAUCUCAGCCGCUGUUCUGGAGAAGAUGUUGAGUCGAGCAGAGAGUGGAGAGAUUCCCAAGACUCUCACUCAAAUGUACACACACUUCCUGAUCCUUCAGACCAACAUCAAACAUGAGAAGGACUAUGAGAAGAACGUGACAGAUAAAGACAUGAUCCUCAAACUGGGCAAACUUGCAUACAAACAGCUGGAAAGAGGCAACCUGAUCUUCUACGAGGAAGACCUGAGAGAGUGUGGUAUUGAUGUGACAGAAGCAUCAGUGUACUCAGGAUUGUGCACUCAGAUCUUCAGAGAGGAGUUUGGCUUGUAUCAGGGGAAAGUCUUCUGCUUUGUUCAUUUGAGCGUUCAGGAACAUCUAGCGGCUCUGUAUGUGCACCUCUCCUAUAAAAACAACCGCUCACAGUUUCUCUAUGAUGUGUCCUCAGAAUUGUCAGAGUUUUUCACAUAUAAUUUAUCUGAUGUUCAUCAGAGAGCUGUGGAUAAGACACUACAGAGUAAAAAUGGACAUCUGGACCUUUUCCUGCGUUUUUUUCUUGGUCUGUCAGUGAAGAAUAAUCAGAUUCUCCUACAAAGAUUAAUGAAACAGAUAAGAAGCAGCUCUGAUAGCAAUGAGAAAACAGUUGAGUACAUUAAGAUGAAGAUCAGGACCUCUCGAUCUCCAGAGAAAUCCAUCAAUCUGUUCCACUGUCUGAAUGAACUGGGUGAUCAUUCACUAGUGAAGCAAAUACAACACUAUCUGAGAUCUGGAAAAAUAAAGAAAGUCAAACUUUCUUCAUCUCAGUGGUCAGCUGUAGCUUUUGUGUUGUUGACAUCAGAGAAGGACCUGGAUGAGUUCAGACUGAAUGAAUUUGUUGGAGCAGAAAAUAAAGCUGAUCACGUUCUUCAGAAGUUGGUGCCUGUGAUUAAAGAAUCAAGAAGAGCUGAAUUUGCAGUUACAAACCUCAAAUUCUCGCAUAAAAGAAUGCGAGCAUGCAAGUGCAGCUCCUAUGUCUUUGAAUGGGAAGACCUGAGAGAGUGUGGCAUUGAUGUGACAGAAGCAUCAGUGUACUCAGGAUUGUGCACUCAGAUCUUCAGAGAGGAGUUUGGCUUGUAUCAGGGGAAAGUCUUCUGCUUUGUUCAUUUGAGCGUUCAGGAACAUCUAGCGGCUCUGUAUGUGCACCUCUCCUAUAAAAACAACCGCUCACAGUUUCUCUAUGAUGUGUCCUCAGAAUUGUCAGAGUUUUUCACAUAUAAUUUAUCUGAUGUUCAUCAGAGAGCUGUGGAUAAGACACUACAGAGUAAAAAUGGACAUCUGGACCUUUUCCUGCGUUUUUUUCUUGGUCUGUCAGUGAAGAAUAAUCAGAUUCUCCUACAAAGAUUAAUGAAACAGAUAAGAAGCAGCUCUGAUAGCAAUGAGAAAACAGUUGAGUACAUUAAGAUGAAGAUCAGGACCUCUCGAUCUCCAGAGAAAUCCAUCAAUCUGUUCCACUGUCUGAAUGAACUGGGUGAUCAUUCACUAGUGAAGCAAAUACAACACUAUCUGAGAUCUGGAAAAAUAAAGAAAGUCAAACUUUCUUCAUCUCAGUGGUCAGCUGUAGCUUUUGUGUUGUUGACAUCAGAGAAGGACCUGGAUGAGUUCAGACUGAAUGAAUUUGUUGGAGCAGAAAAUAAAGCUGAUCACGUUCUUCAGAAGUUGGUGCCUGUGAUUAAAGAAUCAAGAAGAGCUGAGUUGAGUGAUUGUGGUGUCACAGAUGAAGGUUGUGCUGCUCUGGCUUCAGCUCUGAGAUCAAACUCCUCACACCUGAGAGAACUGGAUCUGUCUGGCAAUAAACUAGGAGAUUCUGGUGUGAUGAGUCUCUCUUCUGGACUCGAGAAUCCUGACUGUAAAUUAGAGAUACUCAGGUUGAGUGGUUGUGGUCUCGCAGAUGAAGGUUGUGGUGCUCUGACUUCAGCUCUGAGAUCAAACCCCUCACAUCUGAGAGAACUGGAUCUGUCUGAAAAUAUACUAGAAGAUUCUGGUGUGAUGCAUCUCUCUUCCGGAUUUGAGAAUCCUCACUGUAAACUGGAGAUACUCAGGUUGUAUAAUUGUGGAAUCACAGAUGAAGGUUGUGCUGCUCUGGCUUCAGCUCUGAAAUUAAACACCUCACACCUGAGAGAGCUGGAUCUGUCUGACAAUGAACUAAAGGAUUCUGGUGUGGGGUUACUCUCUUCUGGACUCUUAAAUCCUGACUGUAAAUUGGAGAUACUUAGGUUGGUUGAUUGUAGAUUCACAGAUGAAGGUUGUGCUGCUCUGGCUUCAGUUCUGAGAUCAAACCCCUCGAACCUGAGAGAACUGGAUCUGUCUGACAAUGAACUAGAAGAUUCUGGUGUGAUGCAUCUCUCAUCUGGACUCGAGAAUCCUGACUGUAAACUGGAGAUACUCAGGUUGAGACAUUGUGAUGUCUCAAAAAAAGGUUGUACUGCUCUGGCUUCAGCUCUGCGAUCAAACCCCUCACACCUGAGAGUACUGGAGCUGAAUGUGAAAAAAAUACGAGAAUCAGGACGUGAACUGCUUACUGCUCUAUUGGAUUCUCCACAUUAUAAACUAGAGUCACUGCUGACUGUAACAUAAGAGUCUUCAGUUCAUCUUCAGUUUAGUCUCUACACUGUACAUUGUUUAAUUUUGCCCAUUUGAAUGUAACUGAUGCGAAGACUUCAGUAGAAAAUGCACCAUGACUCGACAACGGAAAAUCCCAGCUAAUGGGGCUAUUGAUUCAGAAAGAGCUUGUUUAAAAUUGCUGACAAACAUGCAAUCGUUCUGUAAGAUGUGUGUUCACUAGGGAUGCAGCUACACAGUUAGCCCACUGUUCGAUACAUACCUCGGUUUUUUUAACCACGGUUUUCAGUUUUGUUCGGUUCUGAUGGCUUGGCACAUUUUUU